AUUUUCAUUUUUAAAAUGUUAUUUAACAGGUUUUCCAUCGUUCUUGUGUACUACGGUCUGACGUACGGCGUCGAGGGUCUGAAUGUCAAUGUCUAUAUUGGAACCUUUCUUGGCGGUCUUACUGAGGCCUUUGCUUAUCUCUUUACAUGGUUUAUCAUCCAGAAAUUUGGUAGACGUUUGAUGCUUGGGGGAACUCUUAUGACAGGUGGAAUCGCGUGUUUCGUCAACAUUUGGAUUCCUUCGAGUUUUGUUGAAUUAAGGACGGCUACUGCAAUGAUUGGCAAAUUUUUCAUUACGUCAGCAUUUUCAAUUGUCUACAUAUAUACUGUUGAACUAUUUCCAACUGACAUUAGAACAUUCGGGUUAGGAUUCUGUUCCUCCGUGUCACGUGUGGCUGGAGUACUUGCUCCUCAGAUUCUUUUUCUUCAGAAACUAUGGACACAUUUACCGUUAGUGGCGUUUAGUGUGACGUCAGUGACUGCUGGCCUAUUUGCAUUUCUUUUGCCUGAAACUUUAAAUGUUCCAUUACCUCAGACAAUAGAAGAGGCCGAGUUGAUAAAAAGAACUAAUAAACAAACUAGUCGAGGUUUUCACGAUACUGAACUGCAACCUGCCACUUCUUAAACAACGCUAGGCCCAACCAUUAGGGUUUAUGCCUAAUAGUAUGGAAAACUGAAGCCAUGGAUAUGAAUCUAAACCAAAUUGAUUUGAGUCGGCAGCCUCAACUACUCUCGUGAUUUUUAAAGAUGAUGUUUAGGUGAUGCAAAAGUGCUUUGGAUAUUCUGAAUUGCUUUAAAAUUACUACUUAUUAAUUUAUUAAUAUAACAAAUUUUGAGUUUUUAAUGAUAGCUUUAGUUCACAUUGCGUAAUAUUAGUUGAGUAUAUGCAAAAAAAAAGAACACAUAGUAUUAAAUCGUAUUAACUAAA